UCAAGUGUGGUGUGCCUUUCAAACGGAGUUUUUGGAUCGAUCUCUUUCUCUCGAUCGAGUUCUCUGGGCUGCGAAAGUUCCACUGGACCGGAUCAUCAUGAUUGGUCACACAGGAUCACCCAGAUGAGUGGAGCGGAGCAUUUCUCCGGAAUGCGGGCAAUAGUUUUGGUCUCCUCUUCUUUUUUUUUUUUUUUUCUUUCCAAAAAUCUCUGCAGCGGCGAGUGCGACUGCGUAGCGGCAGCAAGCGGCGCAGCCUUUGAGAAAUCCAUCCCCUCCACCGCAUCUUCGUGUCUCAAAAGAAUCAUAGCUUUUUCCACUCUCUCUCGCUUGGCUCUUUUUCGAGCUCUGUGAGCGCAUCGCAGAAGAGAGUCAUCCCCAUCAUUGCUUUAUCGCUUCCAUUGUCUGGCUUCUCUCUUGAUCUCCAUCGCUCUAGCAGGUCAAAAUUGUGAUGAUCAGAGCAAGGGGGUCCCUGCGCAAUAGUGAGAGUGAGAGCGGUCGAGCUAGCCUUGCAGAGAGCAAUCAAUUCCAUUUGCGUCCAAAGCUUUUCCUUUUCUCGCUUUCCUCUUUUUCGCUGAGCUCAUACAAACAGGAAUCGGUGUUUUCAAAUCCAACGCAUUCAUGUUUCGUGGGCCACGCCGACCAGCACCACGCCCACAAAGGUCCAACGCUAUAAAGCAUUUGCCCCUCUGCGGCAUCUGCUGCAAGCCACAAGAUCCAGCGAUUUCCUCCUUGUGGGCUCGAUAAUUUGCUGGAAACUUCUGCAACCCAUUUCUCCGCUGCGCUCUCUGAGCAAUCUCACGUCCUCGUUUCCUGCAUCGGCAGCGGGAACCGCGAGAUCCGAUUCGAUCUCCGCUGCCGGGCUUUUUGCUCGAUCCUCUGCCAAAUCCAAGCGCGAUUUAUAGCCUUGUCCCGUGUAGGACUUUCUCGAUUGUGUUCUUGUGUUGCAGGUUUUGAGGCAUCCAUCCCAUCCAUCCCAGCACAGCACAGCGCAAAACAAAUGCCCGGAAACGCGUCGAGUUGGGCACUUGUCAAUUCCCCUCCUCCAUCUCGGAAAUAAUUUGGAGAGCGCCAGCCAGCAUCAAAACACCCAGUUUCCUUUCGUUUUCGCUAUCGUUUGCUUCCUCUUGAAUUGAACCAACAUCUCGUCCUGGAAUCGCUCGUCCUUUUGCUAUUGCUCUCAUCGAUUUCUUCUUCUUUUUUCGGGUCUUUUUCCCUCAUUUUUUUCCUCCAUCUCUCUUGCCCUUCGUGCAACAGCCUGGAUCGAGCUCCACGCAGACAGACCACCCACAAAAAGAGAGAGAACUUCGCAAAGAACUACGAAGAGCCAGGGGUUUGGAGCUUUUCUUUUAUACGCUCGCUACGAAGGGAGCGUAUCUUCCUCUGUCUUGGCCAGGAGAAGCAGCGCGAGAUCUCGUGUUCCUCGUACAAUCGCAAAGAAAAAGGAUUGGUUCUUCUUCCCUGCAUUCUCGAGGAAAGGAUGGAGUUUCGAAAGAGUAGAGCGAUGGUUCUUGCCGGCAUUGCUCUCGUGAUUCUCGUCCAAUUCUCCGCGGCGGCGGCGGCGGCGAAUCCAGACGUGGAUACGCUGCUCCGGAUCAAGAGCUACAUCCUCGACCCGCUCAACAAGCUCGAGAGCUGGAAGAUCGAGUCCUCCCAGGCAUCCGCAGCGCCCUGCUCUUGGCUGGGGAUCACUUGCGACCCGCGGAGAAAAGCCCAAGAUCGCAGCAACUCUUCCUCGACGUCGCCCGGCACCAGCGUGAUCAUCGCCAUCGACCUCAGCAGCAGCAAUCUCUCGGGCACAAUCUCCCCGGAGAUUGGAUCGCUGGGCGCUCUCCAGAGCCUCAAUCUCGCCCACAACAAUUUCACGGGCCCAAUCCCGCCAUCGCUCGCGCAAUGCUCGUCGCUCAAGCACCUCAACCUCAGUGACAAUGCGCUCUCGGAGAAGAUCCCAGCCGUCCUCUUCACGGGGCUCACGCAGCUGGAGACCGUCGAUUUCUGGAUAAAUUCCCUCACGGGAACGAUCCCCCGGGAGGUGGGAUAUUCCCCGCGGCUAGAGCAUCUUGAUCUUGGCGGGAACUACCUCGAGGGUUCGAUUCCCGCGGAGCUCUUUAAUCUCUCCUCGCUGCGCUACCUUACCCUAGCGGGCAAUUCCCUCGUCGGCUCCAUCCCGGAGGAGAUCUCCAAGCUCCAGCGCCUGGAAUGGAUCUAUCUCGGCUACAAUCAGCUCAAUGGAUCCAUCCCGCGCGGCAUUGGAUCGCUGCGCGACUCGCUGCUCCACCUCGAUCUCGUCUUCAACGAUCUCUCGGGGCCGAUUCCAGGGGAUUCCAUCGCCAAUCUCUCCAGGCUCGAGUACCUCUUCCUCUACACGAAUCGCCUCUCGGGCGAGAUCCCGGCGUCGCUCGGCCGCCUCCGCCGCCUCAUCUCGCUGGAUCUCAGCAACAACACGCUCUCCGGCGCCAUCCCGGGAUCGCUGGCCGACAUUCCAACGCUGGAGAUCGUCAAUCUCUUCCAGAACAACCUCUCGGGGCCAGUGCCGGUGAGUUUCUCCGCCAUGCCCAGGCUGCGCACCCUAGCGCUGUGGAGGAAUGGGCUAUCCGGGACUGUUGAUCCGCGGCUGGGCACCGCCUCGAAUCUAACGGCUGUGGACCUGUCCACCAAUGCGCUCUCGGGCUUGAUCCCUCCGGCGCUCUGUGCCAAUGGCGGCCUCUUCAAGCUCAUCCUCUUCGACAAUGCGUUUGAGGGGCCGAUCCCCGACGGUAUCGCGCGCUGUGCCAGCCUCAAGAGGGUCAGGAUCCAGAACAACCGCCUCACUGGGAACGUUCCCGGAUCGCUAGCGCUGCUAGAGGAGCUCUACUUCCUCGACAUGUCCAACAAUCGCUUGUCCGGGAGCAUUGCCGGGCUGAAUUGGAGCUGCCCAUCGCUGCAAAUCCUCUCGCUCCAGCAGAACUCGAUCGAGGGAGAGAUCCCCGCCUCGAUCUUCCAGCUUCCAGCGCUGGUGGAGCUCCAGCUCGGCGCCAACGAGUUCCGUGGAGAGAUCCCGGCCACGAUCGGCGAAGCCCAGCUCCUCACCGAGCUGGAUCUCAGCGGCAACCAUCUCUCCGGCGGGAUCCCAUCGCAGAUCGGGCAUUGCUCCAGGCUUGUGUCCAUCGAUCUCAGCGAAAACAUGUUCACUGGAUUCAUCCCGGCUUCGCUCGGACAUAUCUCCACGCUGAGCACGCUGGAUCUCUCGAGAAAUCUCUUGGAGGGCGGGAUCCCUGCGACGCUGGCAUCGAUGCAAUCGCUGGAGUUCCUCAACAUCUCCGAGAACAGGCUCUCUGGAGCGUUUCCUUCCUCCGGAGCUCUCUCGGCCAUCGUCAACUCGAGCAGCCUGGCGGGAAACGAGCUAUGCAGUACGACACGUCAGCUCGGCUUGCCGACUUGUCGGUCGCUAACGAGUGCCACGUACGCGCUGAGCUGGAUCCUUGGUGUUGGUCUGUGCCUGUGCGUGGCGGCCGCGCUGGCAUACCUCGUCCUCCUCUUUCUCAAUCGCCGGAGGCGUCACGUACGUCCCCAGCUCGAGGAAGAUCUCAAGGCUUGGCAUCUGGUUCUGUUCCACAAGCUGCGAUUGAACGGCGAAGAGAUAGUUUCGAGCUCCAGUUCUUCAUCGUCUGACGUCUUCGCGGCCAGCGAUCAAGGUGGCAACGUUUUCAGCGUGAAGAGGUUUCUCAGGAGCAGUGGUCUGGGCUCGGACUCCGAGCUGAUGCGGCGGAUGGAAGCGGUGUCGAGGCUCCGGCACGAGAAUGUGGCAAAGGUUCUGGGGAUUUGCACGGGGAAGGAGUCGGCUAUGGUUCUCUUCCAGCAUUUGCCGCAAGGUAGCCUUGCUUCGGUUCUCUUCCCCGGGGAGAAACCAGACGCUGGCGCUCUGGGAUGGAACGAGAGGUAUGACAUUUGCCUUGGAACAGCGAGGGGGCUCGCAUUUCUUCACAGCAGGCCGGAGCGGAUCCUCCACGGGAGCCUCUCGCCUCACUCGGUGUUCCUCGACGUCAGCUCAAGGCCAAAGCUUCUUGUGGAAUUUGCAACCUUGGAAGGCCACUGCUGCUACUUAGCUCCAGAACUGAGCCAUAGUAAGAUCUUGACCGAGAAGACGGACGUCUACGCAUUUGGGAUCACUGUUCUAGAGCUCCUCACUGGGAAGCAAGCCAGCAAGAACAAAAGUGGCGGCAGAAUCGCGGAUUGGAUCGAACGCUGCAUUGUCGAGAAAGGUUGGCAGGCUGGAGACCAGAUUCUGGACGUGAGCACGGCGGGACACUCUCCUCUGGUGGAUGCGGAGAUGAUGCGUGUGGUGAAGAUCGCGCUGUGCUGCACAAAGCCAUCGCCGGCCGAGAGACCUGCAAUGGCGCAAGUUGUCAAGCUUCUGGAAAAUGCCAGGCAAAGUUUGCCGAGGUUGGUGCAAAUGAUGGAAGUUUAGAGCAAGCUUCUUAAAUAGAAUAGGAUUUGAGCCUAUGAAUCAUAAAAUGCUUCUGGUAAUUUCUUUAGCUUUAAACUGUUUAACAUA